AUGCCGGACAAAAAAGUUCUAUGGAUGCUCGAUGAGCUCGAAGGUUUCGAGAAGCCUAAAAUCAAAUUGGAGCAGUAUGCCACAUCAUCUGAACUUGCUGUGUCAAUGAUGGAGAUGAUCGAUGAAACCGUUGGAUUAGAUGGAGUCAAGUUAGUAGACAUUGGAUGUGGAUGUGGAAUGUUGAUGACAACAGCAGCAACUUUAUACGAUCUCAAAUCAGUCGUAGGAAUAGAUAUUGAUGAGGAUGCUCUGAAGAUAUGCGCGAAAAAUCUCGAAACCGCCGAUAUUCAGGAAAACUGCGACCUCCUUCAGAUGGACGUUCUCGAUCCAGAAGCAAAAUUACCACAAGGGGAAUUCGAUGUAGCUGUUAUCAAUCCACCGUUUGGGACUAAAAAUAAUGCAGGUAUUGAUAUGAAAUUCGUCAAAAUUGGCAUUGAGCUGGUUCGACCCGGUGGAAGUGUUUUUUCAUUGCACAAAUCAUCCACCAGAAAUUACAUCUUGAAAACAGCAAAUAAAUGGGAAGAUCUCGAAGACGUGGAAGCUUGUGCUCAAAUGCGAUGGAAACUUUCAGCUACAUAUAAAUUUCAUAAAGAAAAAUCAGUGGAUAUUGAUGUGGAUUUGAUUCAUUUCAAGAAAACGAACCCUGAUAAAAAGGAAGAAAAACGUUCGGAAUAA